AUAACUUGAUAUAAAAGGUGGGCGGCUAACCGUACAGGCUUGUAAUAGUGAACCUGAAGGGCAGAUAUGGCACUACUCCCUCCUGCUGGACUCCCGGAGAUUGUCUUCUCCUUUGACACAACCGGAUCUAUGAGAAGCUGUCUGGCUGAAGUCCGAGGUCGACUCCAGGACAUGAUACAGCGACUCCAGGCAGACAUCCCCGCCAUUAGAAUUGCCGUCUUCGCACACGGUGACUACUGUACCUCAUCCGUAUACGUCACAAAGUGGAUCGACUUCACCACUGACGUCAAGGAACUCUGCGACUUCGUCAUGAACGUCGAAGAAACAGAAGGCAUCGGAGACGGUGGCGAGUGUUACGAGCUUGUUCUCAGACAAGUUGGGGAGGAGUUGUCAUGGACACCAGGAUCUAACCGUGUUCUUGUCGUUGUCGGGGAUGAUGAACCCCACGGUCCGAACUUCAGAGGCAAUACACAAAAGAUAAACUGGAGAGAGGAGACAAAAACUCUUAAGAAAAUGGGAGUAAAAAUCUAUGGCGUUCAAUGCAGUGACAGAGCUACAAGGUUCUAUCAGACCAUUUCCAAAGAGACAAGAGGCCGGCAUCUUAAAUUGGACAACUUUACGAACAUCUUUGACUUCCUCAUGGCCAUCUGCUACAGGGAGCAUGGAGCAGACAUCCUUCAUGUGUAUGAGAAAGAAGUUCGAGCCCGUCGUGUUGAUGGUGCCCUCAGCGAGGACAUGGAAGGAAUGUUUACAUCCCUGCGUGAUGGAAAGGUCUCCCCUCCUCCACGAAAAAAGACUAUUACAAUCGGUGCCGCAAAGAAAAAGGAUCUCAGUGCUUCCACCUUAAAGAAAACAGCAACCAACAAAAGAGUCCUUAAGGCCAAACCUAAAUCAAUCAGAACGAAAUCAGUAAAGAAACGAGCAAAAAUUGUUGCACCUGUUUUGAGAAGAGAGGAAGUCUUUGACAACAACUUCAGCUUGAGAAACUUGGACUGGUCACAUUGGAUCAAGGUUAUCUCCCCUAAUAUUCCACUCAAACUGGGUGUUCAAUGGGAGAAAAGACGAUGUACCAACUCUGGAUUCAGGAAGAAGACGGUCUUCAAGCUCAGCAACAAUAAACCAGCUCUCUACGAGGUUGGUGUUCAGAAAACCCCAUACGGACGAAAGUUCGUAGUAUUUAGCAAGUUCUGUCGCCAUAUUCCCGAUAAUGUUAACUGGGAAACACGGCUAUUCGGAAACAAAAAUGUUAAAGUUCAGGUCAACAAUGUUCUGUCUCAGAACUGCAGUGUUUAUGUGCGGAGGGUGGUGUACAGAAGAGCAUCAAGUCACCUUAAAACUGUAGCAUUGCUAAAAUCUUAUGACUAUGCAUGGCGACGUCCAAGAUCACGCUCUUGUGCCCGAAAUGUGUACAAGCAAACCUGCACAAUCUCAUCAAGCAAAUUGUAAUUGUCUCUGAGCAUGCAUUGAAAAUUUGACUUUCAAGUUUUCAGUUUGACUUCGCAUGGUUUAAUCGACAUAUGCAUAAGAACGUGUCACCUCAUAUCAUUCUACUCACCAAUGGUUGACCUGUUUUCUGGUGUCACCCGUCGUGGUGUUGCUAGAAUAUUGCGGCCUAAACGUAAACCCACUGACUCACUCACUCUAAGGGUCAGUGUCGUAGCCACAUUGUUUACACGUUCACUGGAUUUAGCCGAAAACCGGACUGGCGGCCUCAAACAAUAUUCACUCAGUCACUCACUCGUCCUCGCUUAUCGAGAUAACAUUUGUUAUUAAAAUGCAUGAGUGAUAAAGAGCGUGUCCGAGUCACUGUGAACUAUUGUGCUAAUUCUGUUGUUUAUUUUUUUGUGUGUGAUAAUGAGCAGUGUGAUGUGGUGAUCAAUAAAGGUAUGUAAUAUGAAAAUCUGAAUAAACGUAUGAACUAAAA